GUGGGCGCGGCGUGUGCGGCAGGCUGGGCUGCACCGCAGCGCAUACACUACAAUGGCUGCUGGAAAGAGGGGAAAGCAAACAAUUUCCAGGCCCGCCGCGUCCAGCCCGAAAUAUGGGGAAAAAAUUACAGAAAAAUCGGAGAACACUGUAAAGGGUGGAAACGGGGCGCAGAGGGGAUGCUGAGGCUCCCGCGGAUGGACAGAUACAGGUCACUGCCCACAUAAAGGAAAGUGAGAGAGCACACCUGGACUUGGCCUCGGGGAUGAAUCAGCACAAAGGACCACAAGGGACGUAGCAGAAGACAAAGAGACACACCAGGAUUGUUGAUCAGUACCCUCCUGCGUGGCCUGGGCCGUGGUUUGGCGAAUGACUUUGCCUCUGAACCCAGGAGCCGUUUGGUUUUGCCCCCCGGAUGGUGCACAGUGCCCCAGCAGAGGCAACCGGGUCAAAACCCAGCAGAUAAAGGUCAGUAGCCUCACCUAUGCUAGAGUGUCCAGCUGGGCUUGGGCCUGCUGCAAGCACUGUGACUCAUCAGACGUGAACAAUACCCAAGAAACGGCUACAGGAUCCUGCAGAGGCUGGAGGAGGAAACCGAUCCAACCAGUAAAAAUGGGAAGUACUGGAUUCUGGUUUCCUCCAAGAAGAGUCAGCGGAACUGGUUAAGACCAAAAUCUGAGGACUUUAGUGGGCAAACAUCAGUCCCCUUUUGCUUUCUUUUACGACCACAUGAAACUUGAGAAGCCAUCUAAAGCUAAAUCAUUUAGUGGAGUUGGGCAAUUCCCAAGUGUCCAACAAGAAGGCCUGGUUUAGGCUGCGAUGGCCACUGUCAUUCCUGGUGAUUUGUCAGAAGUAAGAGAUACCCAGAAAGUCCCUUCAGGGAAACGUAAGCGUGGUGAAACCAAACCAAGAAAAAACUUCCCUUGCCAACUGUGUGACAAGGCCUUUAACAGUGUUGAGAAAUUAAAGGUUCACUCAUACUCUCACACAGGAGAGAGGCCCUACAAGUGCACACAACAAGACUGCACCAAGGCCUUUGUUUCUAAGUACAAAUUACUAAGGCAUAUGGCUACUCACUCUCCUGAGAAAACCCACAAGUGUAAUUAUUGUGAGAAAAUGUUUCACCGCAAAGACCACCUAAAGAAUCACCUACACACACACAAUCCCAACAAAGAGGCCUUUAAGUGCGAAGAAUGUGGCAAGAACUACAACACCAAGCUGGGGUUCAAACGGCACCUGGCUUUGCACGCUGCGACGAGCGGUGACCUCACCUGUAAGGUAUGUUUGCAGACUUUUGAGAGCACGGGGGUGCUGCUGGAGCACCUGAAAACGCACGCAGGCAAGUCGUCGGGUGGGGUGAAGGAGAAGAAGCACCAGUGUGAACACUGUGACCGUCGGUUCUACACCCGCAAGGAUGUCCGCAGACACAUGGUAGUGCACACUGGAAGAAAGGACUUCCUCUGUCAGUACUGUGCACAGAGAUUCGGGCGGAAGGACCACCUCACGCGCCACAUGAAGAAAAGUCACAACCAGGAACUGUUGAAGGUCAAAACAGAGCCAAUGGACCUUCUAGAUCCCUUUACCUGCAACGUUUCUGUGCCUAUUAAGGAUGAGCUGCUUCCGGUGAUGUCUUUACCUUCCAGUGAACUGACAUCAAAGCCAUUUACAAACACUUUGCAAUUGAAUCUCUACAACACUCAGAUCCAGUCCAUGCAGAGUUCUGCAUCUGCACACCAAAUGGUUGCCACAUCGUUACCAUUGGGAAUGCCUUGCCCCAUAGACAUGGAGUCUGUCCACCCUUCUCACCAGCUCUCGUUGAAAUACCCACUCGGUACUACCUCAUACGCAAUUUCUAUGCCUGAAAAAGAACAGCCAUUGAAAGGGGAAAUCGAAAGUUACUUAAUGGAGUUGCAAAGUGGUAUGCCUUCUUCAUCCCAGGAUUCUCAAGCCUCUUCAUCAAAGCUAGGCCUGGAUCCACAAGUAGGGCCACUAGAUGAUGGGUCUGGGGAGGUUUCCCUUUCCAAGGGCUCCGUUCCUAUUAGCGAACCUCUGAACACCCCGUCGUUGGACUUCUCUCAGCUCUUCAACUUCAUCCCCGUCAACGGCCCUCCCUACAACCCUUCCGUGUCGGUGGGAAACCUCGGAAUGAGUUACACGCAAGAGGAGGCACAUUCUUCUAUGACUCAGCUUCCACCACAAACCCAGGAUCCACAAGAUCCUAGCAAUAGUAUAGGUCUUGGGUCUCUGCACUCGUUGUCAGCAGCUUUCACGAGCAGUCUAAGCACAACCACCACCCUACCACGAUUUCAUCAAGCUUUCCAAUAGGAUGUACAAAGCUGGCUUGUUGCUGUCUAUUUGUAGAAAAUGCCUUAGGUGACCAUUUUUAACUUAGUGCCUACAAGAAGACAAUUAUGAAUUCUCUGCUUUUGUACAGUACCAAUCUCAUGAAGCCAGUAAGAAAUCUAAAUUAACUUUUUACAAAACGUUUUGAAAGUGUUUUUAUUCGCAGCUGUGUUUACUUUGUUGGUUGUUUGG